AUGUUAAAAGAUAAAUUGUUAAAAUUCUUGAAUUAUUACUACUUCAUUAAAAAUUACUAUAUUUACCAUAUCCUGUUUUUGUAUACUUUUUUUUUAAGAAUAACAUACACUUAUGCGGAAAUUACGAUAUCGCAUUUUUUUACUUUUUUGUUAAGUACAUACGACAAUACAGAAACACCAAGAAAGGAAGAAAAUUUUUUUUAUUAUUUUAUCCAUUUUUUUAAUUUUAAUAGUAGAAAUGAUGAUAAAUUCUUAAAUACAAAAUUAUUCGUUGUUGUGUAUCUACCAAUAUGUUUGAAAUGUUUCUAUACCCUUUUUUUUGAUUAUAUUGCAUAUUACAUAUAUAUUCGUUAUUACUUUAGUAAAAUUAAUAAAAAUUUUAGUAGGAUUUAUUAUUCUUCAAUAUCUUAUGAAAAUGUAGAUAGUAAGGGUGGAAAUAAUUCUAUUUUUAAAAAAGAAAAAACUAAGCUGAACAGAAUUAGUAAGAGAAAAAAAGGUCCAAAUAAUGUUUACCAUCGGAUGUUAUCUGAUAUGCCUUUAUAUGAAUUUAGAAAAUACAUGUUGAGAAAAAAAAAGCUUUUAUCUAUAUGGCAAAGAAGGAAAAUCUUACAAGUUCAUAAUAAAAGGAAGCGUAAUGCCAGUAGGGAAAAAAAUAGGUUACUUUAUAAAGACGAAGUAAAAAAUAAACAAACUCGUAUAAAAGUAAUAACGUGCACUAACAGUUUUAUACAAAAGAACUUAAUGAAUAAUAAGGGGAAUUCCUCUGGUAAGAAAUUUUUUUUUAAUAUAUAUAAGAAUAAUAAAAAAAUAUUUUUUAGAAGAAAAAAAAAAAAAAAGUUGUACAAGGAUGAAAAUAAAAAAUUUUACAGCAAUUUAAUCAAAAGGGUAAUGAAGGAGAAGAGUGAGAAAUAUAUUCUUAAUAAUUUAUGUAUAAAUAUGCAAAAUCAUUACAAACGUUUGGAUUAUGUCUCUCGUGGAAAUAGAAUUACGAAUGAAGCGUGUAUUAUUGAGGGUGGUCCCUUCAACCAAAGGGGUGUUAACAAUAAAAUUAAUGGGAGUAAUGGUGCGAAUAGUGAAACGAGUAAAUGUACGAGUAACCGCACAAAUAAUAGUUCCAAUGUUAUGAAUAAGACAAAUGUUAUGAUGAAUGAUUCAUUCAGCUUUUAUGACAAUAUAGAGAAAAGUGCAAAUAUAGACUCAAAGGAGGAAAGCAUAAAAUUGUUAAAUUUUCAUCUAGGAAAAAAAUGUAAUGAUUAUGUAAAAUUAGGUGAUUCAAAAUAUGAGAAAACAACAAAUCAUCAGGUCAAUUAUGUCGACAAUUUUAACACUGAAUAUUCUCUUUUGAAUGAGGAACAUUGUGUUCCUUAUAAAAAUGAAAGUCAAAAUUUUGAAGAAGUAUAUUUUGAGAAUAAUAAGGAAAACAUUAUGUUCAUUUCCAAUAUGCUUGGUUAUUACCAUAACGAUGGAAAGAGCAUGCAUAUCGAUAAUAACAAUAGUAAUACGAAUGGCAAAUACAGUAGAAGGAAUGAAGAAUACAAUAAUAAUAGUAACGAUUGUUAUAAUAACUUUGGUCGCACAGAUUUGCGGGUACUUGAUAAGACAAUCGACCAUGCGUCUGCAAUUAAGGACAUUAAUUUAGGUUACUUACAUGUGAAUAAUUAUAAAAAUGAGAAUAAGAAAAAAUCAUAUAGAACGUUAAGAGGUAGUUUAAAGAUGGAUUAUAUUUUUAAGGAUAGCAUAGAUUUAGCAGAAAAUAAUAUGGGAUCGAGUGAAAAUUAUGAUUAUUAUUAUUAUAACAAAUUUAAAAGUUUUAAUUAUGGAAAGAAUGACAAUUCAUAUAAUGUUAGAGAGUUGAUAAACAAUAAGAUAAAUGCAGAAUAUUAUCACUUAAAAUUGAAUAUACUAAUUUUAUCAUGUAUUAUUAUUCAAAUUUUUAACUCAUUUAUUUUAAUUUUGAUUUCUAAUAAGUUUAUAAGAAAAAAAGAGAAAAUUUUUUUUUUCUGUUUUUUAUAUUCCUUAUUAGAAAGUGUUACAGAUGUUAUUUCAGAUAAUAUAUUUUUUUUAUGUGGAAAGUUUACAAACAUAUAUAAAAGGGAAUUUAGUUUAAAUUCUAUAUAUAUUAUACAAGUUAUAAGUAAAAUGAUUUUAAGUCUUUCUACAGUUUUUAUCUAUUUCGUAUAUCACAUAUUUGUACUUUUGCAUGAGCAUGCGAAUAUUAUGAUUAUAAACACUUUUAUUAAAACAUUAUCCAUUUUUAUCCUUUCUUUUAUUUUUCUUAAAAACAAAAAUAAUAUUUUCAAUUUUUAUAAGAACGAUAGAUUUGAAAACGUAAAUUGUUCUAAAGAAGAUAGAAGGGGGAUUACUGUUAUCAAUAAAACAAUGGAAAAUGGUACUGGAAAGAGCUUUUUUAAGAUAAAUAUGAAAAAUGAUGAAAUAGACAAGCAUAAUAAUGGUGAAGAUUAUGUUAGAAGCCCCUUAUAUGAUGAAGAGAAAGGAAUUAAUACUAUAAUGAAUAUACAGAACAGUAAAGAAAGGAUCAAUAAUAACUGCGAAAAUAGCAAUGAGUUUAAUUAUUAUGGUGGCAUGUAUGACAACUAUCGCUACAAUGAUAAGUAUUGCAGUGAUUAUUUUUAUUCUUCGAUUGAUGUAUUUUGUAAUGAACAACUUCUUAAGAAUGAUUUUGUAAAAAAUGAGUCAAACAAAAAGGAAACGUACAUGGACCUAUUAUGUGAUAAUUUGAAACACAUAGCAGAAUUUUUUAAUUUUUUUAAAUUAUUGUCAAGGAUAAAAUGUUAUAUAUUUAAAAAAAAUAAUAUUAAUUAUAAUAACAGAUAUACAUUGCUUACUGUACAUGGAGCACAACUUGACGAGCAGAUAAAAACAAAUAUUUUUGUUACGGAAAAGCAGGACUAUAAAAUAAGGUUAUCCAUUAUGGAUAAUUUUAAAAAAUUAUUUAAUAUUAAUGACAAUAUAAACUUUUAUUCAAGAAUAAAAAAUUCGGGUAUUACAAAAUAUAACUCCUUAAUUGAGAAGGAAAUAGAAUAUAUUAAUAAAAAAGAGAAAAAAAAAAAAAAAAAAAAGAAAGACAAUAAGGAUGAUAAUGGGAGAUUAAGUAAUAUACAUUUCCUAAGCCGUUUUAAUAGCAUAAAAAGUUUGAACAACAAAAAAAAAUUUAUUCUUAGCUAUCCUAUUAGACUAUUACUAAACAAUUUAAAUUUUUCUAACAUUUUUUAUAUAUGCUUAUUAUUAAUUAUUCCCACUUUUGAAAGAAUAUUUUUAAAUUAUAAAAUAAAAUAUAUAUCAUUAGAUAUGCAUUCCUAUUGCUAUUUGAAUUUAGUAAAUUAUGUAACAGAUUUAAUAGGUCUAUAUCUUUAUAUAAGUUACUUCAGUGAAGAAUCCUAUGCUACAUCAAUUUUCCUCAGCUCGCUGGUUAAUAUUUUCUUGAUGUCCUUACGCUUUUUAUUUUUUCACUACAGAUUUAAUCAGCUCUGGUUACUGUUUUUGGAAACAAUUCUGAAAUCACUGCACAAAACAUUCUUUUAUAUGCCUAUUUAUAUUUUGGUAACGAAGGUAUAUAUAAAAAAUAUUCACAAUUUGAUGUGCUCCUUUUAUUCUAGUAUUUUAGAUGCAAGCUCCUUUGCUUCUCACUAUUUUGAAUAUUUGAUUUUGAGCUAUUAUAGCAUAGAUGAUUCCAAAAGCGCCUUCAUUUUCGUAUACAUUAUCUUUUUGAUAUUACAUUUGUUAUCGCUGGUUAUUAUUUCAAGAUUAAAGAAGACAUAA